AUGCCCAACUGCGGAUUCUUACCACAACGGGACUACAACAACCUUAUAACGGCUUUAUGGCUUGGACUGAUUAUUUUUAUUCCAGGUGACUUCGGUCUGAAAAAGAUACGAAGAUCUAAGGCGGAAUUAGUGCGACUUCAAAUGUGGGAUAUCGCAGGUCAGGAUACCCACCGCCAUCUUACUCGAGUGUUUUAUCGCUGUGCCUCAGCCGCCGUUGUCAUGUUUGAUCUCACCUCACGAGCCUCGUUUGACCUCGUGGAGAAAUGGAAGAAGGAUUUGGACUCUAAGGUGACCCUGGCAGACGGCAGUCCUAUUCCCUCAUUACUCCUGGGCAACAAGUCAGAUUUACAGCAAUGCGUUGUUGAUGACGAAGAAAUCACAUGGAUGACCCGGAACCAGAACUUUGUUGGCUGGAGUAAGAUAUCAGUCAAAGACUACUUGAACAUCGAAGAGCCUAUGCUGUUUCUGGUCGACGAAAUCCUUGCUCGAUGGAAGCCCACACCUGUCGUGCUGAUCAAGGACGGCAGACGAGCUGGAUCGCACCCGACAGGAAUCGACACCCGGGAGUUUUCCGACAGUUUUGAACUGUCUCAAGAACAAUAUGAGCAAAAAUCAAACCCAUGUUUCUGCUUCUUUUAG